GAAAGUGCGCCGGUCCUUCGCCGUCGUUUGCUGUCAAUGGCUUUCGGGGCUUGUUUUAUUUGAAUGUCUGGACUUUUUUUUUUUUUUUUUUUUUUAAUAACAAUUUCGCCCUAAAAAAAAAGACAAUAAUGGAUAUCCUAUGGAUUUUAUGGAUACUACCCACAGCACUGACUCUUGAAGAAACGUUAAUGGAUUCCACUACAGCAACAGCUGAGCUGGGAUGGACGGUAUUUCCUGUAUCUGGCACCAGUGAGAACAGUUGGGAAGAGGUGAGCGGAUACGACGAGAACAUGAACACUAUUCGCACCUACCAGGUGUGCAAUGUCUUUGAUGCCAACCAGAACAACUGGGUUCGCACCAAGUACAUCCACCGACGAGGAGCUCAGCGCAUCCAUGUGGAGAUGAAAUUCUCAGUGCGGGACUGCAGCAGCAUCCCCCGGGUACCAGGCUCCUGCAAGGAGACCUUCAACCUGUACUACUAUGAAUCAGAUGGUGACACCGCUACUAAAUUGUACCCUCCAUGGAUGGAGAACCCAUGGAUCAAGGUGGACACCAUCGCUGCUGAUGAAAGCUUCUCACAGGUGGACUUGGGAGGUCGCGUAAUGAAGAUCAACACAGAGGUACGCAGCUUCGGGCCUGUUUCACGUAACGGUUUCUACUUGGCCUUCCAGGAUUAUGGUGGCUGCAUGUCACUCAUUGCCGUCCGCGUUUUCUACCGUAAAUGCCCACGGGUCAUCAGGAAUGGUGCCAUUUUUCAAGAAACUCUUUCCGGGGCUGAGAGUACUUCUCUGGUUGCAGCGAGGGGAGUGUGCGUCCCCAAUGCUGAAGAAGUUGAUGUACCCAUCAAACUCUACUGUAAUGGAGAUGGCGAAUGGAUGGUGCCCAUCGGUCGGUGCAUGUGUAAGGCUGGCCAUGAACCUGUGGACAAUGGCACUGUAUGUCGAGCAUGCCAGUCGGGUUUCUUCAAGCCAGCUCAGGGUGAUGAGGCAUGUCUGCCAUGUCCCAUCAACAGCCGCACCACCAAUGAUGGUGCCACCAACUGUGUGUGCCGCAACAACUACUACCGCACCGACUCGGACCCCAUACAGAUGCCCUGCACAACCGUACCAUCGGCUCCACAGAAUGUGAUCUCGAAUGUGAAUGAGACGUCACUGAGGCUGGAAUGGAGUCCUCCACGUGAGAGCGGUGGCCGCGGCGAUGUAGUUUACAAUGUGAUCUGUAAGAGCUGCGGUGGCAGAGGCUGUACACGAUGCGGCGACAACGUUCAGUUCACGCCACGCCAGCUGGGCCUCACCGACUCAUGGGUCUACAUCAGUGACCUGCUCGCUCACACACAGUACACCUUUGAGGUGCAGGCUGUCAAUGGAGUUUCAGAUCAGAGCCCACAUUCACCCCAAUAUGUGUCUGUCAACAUAACAACCAACCAGGCUGCUCCCUCCACAGUUUCUAUAAUUCACCAGGUCAGCCGUACAGUGGACAGCAUUACUCUGUCUUGGUCACAACCGGAUCAACCCAAUGGAGUCAUUCUGGAUUAUGAGCUGCAAUAUUAUGAGAAGGAUCAGACUGAGCAUAACUCAUCCAUCGUGAGAAGUCAGACCAACACAGCCAUCAUCCGCGGACUCAAGCCCGGGGGAAUUUACGUGUUCCAAGUGCGGGCACGUACAGUGGCCGGGUUCGGACGCUACAGUGGCAAGAUGUACUUCCAGACCAUGACCGAGGAGGAAUACAACACCAGCAUACAGGAGAAACUGCCUCUCAUCAUUGGUUCAGCAGCAGCCGGGCUAGUCUUCCUCAUUGCUCUGGUGGUCAUCAUCAUUGUGUGUAACCGACGUGGCUUUGAGAGAGCAGAUUCGGAAUACACAGACAAGCUGCAGCACUACACCAGCGGUCACAUGUCACCAGGAAUGAAGAUCUACAUCGACCCAUUUACCUACGAAGAUCCCAACGAAGCAGUAAGAGAGUUUGCUAAAGAGAUUGAUAUCUCAUGUGUGAAGAUUGAGCAGGUCAUUGGAGCAGGUACUGCAAUGAUAGAGAACUUCUUCUCUUACAGUAAUUCCUUUUGGUUUAAUUGUGAGAUUUCACCUCACCUCUGCUUGUGUCCAUCUUUAGGUGAGUUUGGUGAGGUGUGCAGCGGCAACCUGAAGCUCCCAGGAAAGAGGGAGAUGUUUGUCGCCAUUAAGACACUGAAGUCAGGUUACACAGAGAAACAGAGGCGGGACUUUCUGAGUGAGGCCAGCAUCAUGGGACAGUUUGACCACCCGAAUGUCAUACAUCUGGAAGGAGUAGUGACCAAAAGCAGCCCUGUGAUGAUAAUCACUGAGUUUAUGGAGAACGGCUCACUGGACUCUUUCCUUAGGCAAAACGAUGGGCAGUUCACUGUGAUCCAGCUAGUAGGCAUGCUGCGUGGUAUUGCCUCAGGAAUGAAGUACCUCGCUGAUAUGAAUUACGUGCACCGUGACCUGGCAGCCCGGAACAUCCUAGUUAACAGCAACCUGGUGUGUAAGGUGUCAGACUUUGGGCUCUCGCGCUUCCUGGAGGAUGACACAUCUGACCCCACCUACACCAGUGCUCUGGGUGGGAAAAUCCCUAUUCGCUGGACUGCACCUGAAGCCAUCCAGUACAGGAAAUUCACUUCAGCCAGUGACGUGUGGAGUUACGGCAUCGUCAUGUGGGAGGUGAUGUCCUACGGAGAGAGGCCAUACUGGGACAUGACCAAUCAGGAUGUGAUCAAUGCUAUUGAGCAAGACUACAGGCUGCCUCCACCUAUGGACUGCCCCAGUGCCCUACACCAGCUCAUGCUUGAUUGCUGGCAGAAGGACCGCAAUAAUCGUCCCAAAUUCAGCCAGAUUGUUAACAACCUGGACAAGAUGAUUCGUAACCCCAACAUGCUGAAGGCCAUGACACCUCUUUCUUCAGGUGUACACUUGCCCUUGCUGGACCGCAGCAUGCCUGACUUCUCCAGCUUCAGAAACGUGGACGACUGGCUGGAUGCUAUCAAGAUGGGACAGUACAAGGACAACUUCGCCAACGCUGACUUCACCAGCUUCGAUCUGGUCUCACAGAUGACAAUGGAGGACAUCCUCAGGGUGGGAGUGAUUCUUGCGGGUCACCAAAAGAAGAUCCUCAACAGCGUGCAGAUGAUGAGGGCGCAAAUGAACCAGAUCCAGUCGGUGGAGGUUUGACCUUCUGGCCUGAUCCUGCACACGGAGGCAGGAGGGACAAGUGGACAGAUGGUGGUGGAUGUGUGCUGAACCUGAUUUUUCCCUUUAGGCCACCAUUUUUUCCAAGGAAAUCAUCAACAACACUUCUGCCCCAUCCAUCAGUUGUCACAACUGCCAAAACAAGGAGCAAGGAGGAAUUUUCACCAAACAAGAGCAUGCCCAUCUUCUUGCUCUUGCUCUUACUUCAUAACGAUUAUUCAUUUAAUUUUAUUUUUUUUGUCAUCUAUGUUCUUUUUAAUGAUUUUUUUCUAAAGAUUUUGUAAAGGAAAAAAGCUACAUGAACAGAAAGGAUCUAUAUGAUAUAUAGAUACGUUUAAAAUUGUAGAUGGAUUUCACUGAAAGGCUACCCUUUAAAAGGGCAAAAUACACCGAAAACAAAGGUACAUCAUCACGCAAUGUGCUCUAUUAUUCUAUUUUAUUGUGGAAAUCAUUCAGUAGGAAUAUUGACUACCAGCUCAGAGGCUACAAGUGGAAAAAAAAAACAUGGAACUAUAAUUCCUGUGCCAUGAUUAAAAAGGCAGAGAAACAGAGAUAAACACCAUGAAAUGGAAACUUCCUCUUGACUGCCGUUAUUGCCAUGAAGGAAAAUAAAGACACUUGUAUCAUUUAGCUGUUUGAAACACCCAAAGCAAAUACAAAAAAAAAAAAAAAAAAAGUAAUCUCUCCUAAAUAGUAAUCUCGUUGACUGUGUGGACUUUGUAGUGAAGAUUUCCUCUGCUUCCAGUCACCAUGGGAAAAAGACCAUUUUUUUUUCUUAUUACAGACAUCAUAACCUGCCAAAUAGGACAUCGUUCUGUCCUACCUCAUAGCUCGUAGGUCCUUCUGUACAUAUCAGAUGCACUUGACAUCGUCAAUGUAGUCACCAAGUGUGUGACUGUCUUCAUUCAGGCAAUGAUGGGGUUAAUAUGAUUGUUCAUAGUUUCCCCCUAUUUUAAAUCAAAUGUUUGUUGUGGAAUUUAAUAAUUUACUACAUGACACAUCAUAUAUUGAUUCCCUUCAAAUAUGUAGAGAUAAAGGCUUUGGGUGUUUUUUCCCCCAUUAUUAUUAUUAUUAUUAUUAUUAUUAUUAUUAUUAUUAAUUUACAUUUUACAUAGAAUGACCCUGAAUAAACAUAGGUGUUGAUUUUUUUUUUACACAGUUUCAUUUUUUGUAGGUUCAGCAUAGAAUUAAACUAUCAAACUAGGGGGUCCUUUUCAGUAUCAGAUGGUGUUUUCCAUUGGGGCGGUACUGUGAACAUGAGCGUAGUGUUAUAAUGGUUCCAGUGGCCGUGGCAUUACUAUUAUAAACUGGUACUGUUAGCACACUUAGCAAGUGGCAGGAGAACAGGAGAGGAUGAGUUCUCCCUUUUAAAUGUUUUUUUUUUACUCAUUCACAUCCCCAAAACAGUGGGUCUCCAAUGGUACUCAAGAUGUCUGCCUUGUUACCAACAUGAAGAUCAUUAAACAUUAAAAAAAAAACAAAAAAAAAAAAACAUGUAAAUAUCCAUGUAAGAAAUAUGUGUUGGAUUUUAGUGUACAGAAUUUUGUUGUUGAAAAUGAAUCAAGAGCUGUUUAAUCUGGGCCUUUUUUUUCUAUUAGAGAGAGAUGAUGGGGACUGUGGGAUUCAUCCUUUAGAAUGGUCAUAGUGAGCAGUGUGGCUGAUACUGAACAGACACGAAAACCAUAGCCACCUCCGGCUGUGCUACAUGAUGUGUGUGUGCGGUGUGUGUGUCCUGGCAUGGAGGUCACUUGUGGUUAACAGUGCUCAAUUACACUUUGUCUAGCUCAGCUCACCAGAGACUUCCUCCGCUUCAUAACCUCAGGGUUGACGUACAUCUUUAAUACAUUUAAAACCCCUCGGUACAGCGCAGCUAGUCACUUCGACCACACUUCAGUUCACAUAAGCUCCGUUGGCUGGUUCUAUGCUUCAGAGUGGCGUGAUGUGAACGGAUUAAUCCAGCACAGUACUCAUCUGGCGCCGAUUUUCUGACCACAGAUGCAUCAGUGCUGCUUCUGCUGUGCAUCUUCAUUUGUUCCCAUUACAUGAAUUCUUCCAUAGGAAUGUCUGUUUAUCUCUAGUGGCAUCAUGCUGUAUACACACACACACACACACACAUAUACACAUGUAGAGUUAAAAUGGGCAUCUAAUACACGUGUGUGUGUGUGUGUGUGUGUGUGCGUGUGUGCGUGUGUGCAUGCGUGCGUGCGUGCGUGCGUGUGUGUUGAUGCCCAUUUUAUCUCCAGUAGGCAUAACUCUCAGGAUUAAUUCCCCAUCCCUCUUUGAUCAAUCCCAUUUUACUGUUUUCAUCAUUUCUUUUGUCUAUCUAGGUGGCUUUUUUCCCUCAAGAAUAGCUUAUUAUUUAUUUAAUAUGUGACUAUCAGGAUUUUGCCCACAGCGGUUCCAUGAAUCAGCGUGACUAUUUAAUGGGCUGGUGGAUAGAGAAACAGAUUCUGAACUUUCUGAAAUUCUUCACUGAUGCCACACUUUUGCAAAACCCUUAACACCUGCUCCAGCACUCCAAUAAUUAAUGGCACCUCAGUCUUCCUCAGAAUAGCACCCAUUCUUUCUUUCUCUCGUCUCCGUUUGCAUACCAACUCCCGAUUUGCAUUUGAAGGACGAGUGACUGCAUUAUGUUUGAAUUUCUGUUGCACAGUGAAACUGAGAGGGAGAUGGUUAUCAGAUGACUGCUUGCUGUUGUAUUACAGUGGAAGUGCAAUGUGUUUACCUGCUGUAGUAUAAAUACCACUUCUGCAUCUGAAAAGUAAUGCAGCGUUUAUUCAGCCCUGGUUGCUCUUCUUAAAUAAAUGCACUGCAUUCGAAAUGAAGUGAAACGACAUUUAAAGACUUUUCGAGAGUCACACUUUCAGGGGCUUAGAGUUUAUGUUCAUUUGAAUAGAAUUAAGCUGUUUGAAGAAAAUUAGGAAGACUCCCUGAACAAGUAUAAAGGUGAACAUAUGUAGAUGAGUAAGAGAAGGUCAUCUAAUAUUUCUCAUUAUCAGGCAACAAUAAAAAAGAAAAAAAGUUUAAGCUUAGUAAUCAUGUUUGCAGACAUUUGAACUCAUUAGAAGCCUCAAAUUGACUUGUGUUUUUGGCAGACAUUUCUAUAGACUUUUCUAAAAAAUAUAUAUAUAUUUUUUAAAUUAACUCUCCUGAUUAAUUCAUUAAUUAAUAGUCUUCAGACGUGGAAAGUGUUACAUGUUUUUUUUUUACAAGUAAAAGUAAAAUAUUAAAAGGGUUUUGUAAGGAUUAUUGUAAUAUUACUUGCUCAUUACAGUUAUUUAUUUAAAAAAAAUAAAGUCUGCCAAGAGCUCAAGUCCAUUUAAAGCUUUAAAUGUCUAGAAAUAAGAUUCCUAUUUAAAUGUGCUUUAUCAUAAUCUCCUAAAUGCGAAAGAUGAGAUCAUUUCUGUAUAUUUAAUACGAUUUCACUUGACAUCAGUGCAAAUGUCUCACAACAUGGUGAUGCUCUUUGUGGUUAUAAAUAUCACCACACAUCACUGAAGGAUUCUGAUAUCAUUACAUACAGGUUCGGGUUUUGUUUUUGUUUUGUUUUUCCUUUCUAGCAGGUUAUUAAGUAUAACUGUGUUAGACAGUGUGUAUGUACAGUACGUGUAUGUGGGUGUAAAGGUACACCUUAUGUGAGGCUUAAACCACUUUGUACCCACGAAAUAAUUUGUGCUCUUUAAGCCAGACACUGUCCUCAGGCACAAUGUGACAGCACUCUUCUCUAAUAUUAAGUCUUUUUACAUCAGAUGCUUCCAUUUUGUAACUUAUACAGUAUUGGCUCUGCUCUUCAUUUUCACAUCAUUAAUUUUUUUUUUCUAAACCCAUUAAUCAGCAGAAGUGUCCGUAACCCUGUAUUCUCUUUAAAAACUCUUUACAAACAAUCCUUAUGCUCUAAAAACAGACUCACUAUUUACCCAGGCACAUUGAAUCCUAAUGGUACAGAUUUUUUUUCCUCCCGGUGUGUUUUUACAGUAACUACUAGACUGAUGUUAGAUCUCAGCAGGAGUCCGACCGCUUCAUCCAUCUUUCUGUUUCAUAUUCUGUCCGUCCCUUUAUUUACCAGAAUGCUGUGUAAACUUCAAAGUCGUAAUAAAUAAGAUGCGAUUGUAAGUGUGAAAGAAUAUUAUGCAGAGCGAGUAAGCGACUCGUAUAGGCCAUUUCAUUGGAUUGUCUCACCGCAAAACCAUAACAUACCGACGGUGGAAUUUUUAGGUUAUUUGUCAUGUCACGCUAGUCAGGCUAAGAACUCAGAAGUUGAUCGACAAGAUAUCAUGUGCUCAACUGGAUGGUAUGUGUAUAAACACUCAAGCACCACAUGUCACUGAGCAGUGAUUAAAAUAACUAACAGAGUCAUUUAGGUGGUGACAGUUGUGCUGUGUAUACAUCUUAACCGCCAACAAUUCUCCUCUCUCACCACUGGCAAGUUUAAUCAUGACUGCCGUGGCACUCCGCUCAGUUUAUAAGGCCUUUUGCUAAAAGCUGAGAGCGACAGCAAGCUGUGAACGGCAUAUGCUUUCGUUUUCUGUAGAACCAUUCACCAACUGUGUGCCAGUUGUAAAAUGGAACCGAAAGACCAUUUUGUCUCCGUGUUACAAUGAGCAGUGAAUGUAAACACAAGAUGUCCCUGGCUCCUUCUGGUGUGGCCCGCGUCCUCCAAAUAUGGUCCAAAGCGUUCAGGAGAGAAAAUGGCUCCUAAAUGUGGAGCUGCUGCUCGUAGCAUAACUGUGCCCUCUGGUGUCUGGAUGGCAAUACUGCAGUAUGGCUGUGAUGGAGCUUCCCUGUGUCUCAGCUCUGAUUCUGCAUGCAGGAUAGGGGACAAUUCUCCCUGUGACAGGCAGAGCGCUGUCCACCCUCACCACUGUGACACACAUGGGAGGUCCUGUUUUUGAUGUAUAAAAUGUACAUUUGACUGUAACCCUGUGAAUGAUGUAACAAUUUCAUUAUUUGUAAUAUUGUUAUCAGUUUAUUUUCUAAAAAUGCCGGAAAAAAGCCCAACUUGACUCUCCUCAUUAAAAGUGAAAUGAGAUCUGUUAUAAA